CAGGGCCAGCAACCUUUGGCCUAGGCCUACUGCACUGUACAAUGUACAUUUGACAAAGCGUCCCGAUCUCAUUAUAAAAUGAAAAUUUUUUCCCAUGGAUCGGUAGAGACGACGGUGCUUUCAACAUUUCCACCAACUGACCAGGUUUUUGCAUCUCGUGACAAAUCAUGUUGACACAAGGACCUACGCAUCACUCAGUCCCAGUUAUGACCUGUGUGCACUCUCUGUCAAGUGUUUGUCUUCUGUCGGGGGAAAUGUAAGACACAGAGGUUUUAAAUUGUUACCACCAAGACAGUAUCACCAAAAAAAAACCAGAGACAUGGCCAAAGCAAAUGGCUCGGAUCAGAAGGAGAAAAGAAACCUGGACGACGGAGAUAAAACCAAGAUGGGAGCAAGUCAGCUAAGCCGAAUGAAGCGGUUGUUUGGCUUUGAAUUGGCAGACGUCAGCAGUUGGGGGCGCUUUGUGAACCUCAUGAAUGAACCAAGAGAUCCGUCUGCACUUGCCUUAGUUAGAAUCUUAUAUGCCAUCCUGAUGCUGAUAGACAUUCCACAGGAAAGGGGCAUGUCCAGGAUUGAUGUUCGCUUCGGCAAUCCCAACCAUUGUCACUUCCCCCUCUUCAACAUCCUCCAACCCCUGCCCGUUGACUGGAUGUAUGUGGUCUACCUGGUCAUGCUCAUUGGUGCUCUUGGCAUCCUCUUGGGUGCCUUCUACCGUGUCAGCUGCGUCCUGCUCAUCAUCCCCUACUGGUAUAUCUUCUUCUUAGACAAGACGGCGUGGAACAAUCACACCUACUUGUACGGUCUCCUCAGCUUCCAGUUAUUCUUUCUGGAUGCCAAUAGAUUCUGGUCCAUUGACGGCUUGAGAAACCCCAAGUUGAGGAACGCUCACAUCCCACUGUGGAAUUAUGCCCUCAUCAGGAUCCAGAUAUUUUUUGUCUACUUCCUGGCUGGAAUAAAGAAGAUUGAUGCUGAUUGGCUGUUUGGCUACUCCAUGGGCAGGCUGUCCGCUCACUGGGUCUUUGAUCCAUUCAAGUUAAUUAUGGCAGACAAGUACGUUGACCUCCUCAUCGUCCACAUUGGUGGUUUCCUCCUGGAUCUCACCGUGGGCUUCUUCCUUUUCUUCGAUCGGACUCGGCCGUACGCCUUUGUCUUCUGCGGAUCUUUCCAUGCCAUGAACUCUCAGAUCUUCAGUAUCGGGAUGUUCCCCUACGCCAUGAUUGCCACCAUGCCGGUGUUCUGCUAUGCUGACUGGCCAAAUUCCCUCCUCUCCCGCCUUCCAACGUCCUUGAGCAGCAAGCUCGCGGCUACCCCCGACGUCCAACAGAGGAGUGACCACUGUGUGUACGCAAAACAGGAAACUCCCAAAGAGGUCAAACCCAAAGGAGCCACUGCGAAGGCAGCUGAGGCAGAGUCACGUGACCAGCGAGUCCCAGAACGCCAUCAUUACCUGGCCACUUGUUUCUUCACCCUCUACAUCGCCGUUCAGCUCUUCUUGCCAUUCUCUCACUUUGUGACGAAGGGGUACAAUAGUUGGACCCAGGGCCUGUAUGGAUACUCCUGGGACAUGAUGGUGCACAACUGGCACACACAGCAUGUGAAGGUGCACUUUGUGGAUCAAAAGACUGGAAAGACAGGCUACCUGGCACCUGAGUUUUUCGUCCCCUUUUCCAGUCGUUGGAUUGGCCACGGUGACAUGAUCAAACAGUUUGGUACCUGCGUCAGCAGACGGCUGAAAUCCCACGGAUACGAGGAGCCCGCCCUCUAUGUAGAUAUCUGGAAAUCAAUGAAUGGACGAUUCUCACAGAGGAUGUGGGAUCCUCGCGUAGACAUAGUCACUGCCCCUUGGUCUCCAUUUGAGGACAUAUCUUGGAACCUUCCCCUGUUGACUGAGCUCUCGGACUGGAGAAGCAGAGUAGAUGCAUUGGAAGAGGAACUGGAGAAGGAUGAAAUGGAAGUGACGUUUGUGGCAGAUUUUCCAGGCCUGUACCUUGAGAACUUUGUGAGCGAAGAUUUCACCAACACCACUCUGGAGGUGCUGAAAGGGGAGGUUAUCGUGGAGUUGUUGGACAAGAUCAAGAAUGUGACGCUCAAAGAAGGAGAAAAGAUGCAGGUUCCAGCCGGUAAAUUUCAUAAUGUCUACACAAUCUCCACAACCCCUUCGUGCUACAUGUACACCUUUGUCAAUGAGACGGCCGUCAUGUUGGAACAAAACGUUGACAAGUUUUUGGACGAGCACUUCAAAGGCAGGAACCUGAGUGUGGGUACUAAUGAUAAACUCUUACCCGAUGAUGUACAACUGAAUAUGUCCGACCCCAUGGUGUCCAAGAUGGUGGCAUAUCUGGAGAGAGCCAACAAGAAAAUUAAGAAGAAGAACACGCCAGUGUUAAAGAAGUUGCGAGAGUUCGCCUCGACCAAAGCUUACCUCUUCAAGCACACCUUCCAAAUGACUGCACAAGCCUUGGGUCACAUACUGCUAGGGAUGAACUCUGUGAUCGAACCGAUACCGUUACCUGAACAAGACCAGACACCAGUGGACCAACCUUCACACCCUGACGAUGAACUCUGAACUUUUCUUUGCGGUGACCUUUGACCCUAUAAGCUUAACAACCAGGGAAUCAUUGCACUUGGCUCUCAAAGCAAUGUGGUCUCAAAAACACCAGGAACCUUGAAACAUACACACCGUGGUGAUGAACUCCGAACUCACUCUUGACCUUUGGCCUGAGCAUGAGAAUGUACUGUGGAGAAGGGUAUAAUUAAUCUAUUAUUGUCUGUCCUGGAGAAUACUUGCCCAUGAGACUCAAAUUAAAGGGAGUGUUGUUGUACAGUGUCUUAAUUGAAAAUUAUUCUGUAACCAAAUGUGCUGUUCGAAGGGCCUUUAAAAUUAUGCCAAAAAAGUGUGAAGUGCCUGUGAACUUGAAGUGCAAAAGGAAAAAACUCUUCUGUUAUCUGCGUCAGAUCUUGCCAAUAAUGCAACAGUGAAUUGAGAGAUUUUAGCUGGUCAGAGGGAGCAUCCAAGAUGUGCAAAACUGCCAUGAUCAGCUACCCGCAAAUGAGGUUGAAGUUGUCUGCCAAAACAUCAAUCUUGGUUGUCAGCAACUUCAGUACUUAGGUUUGACAGGAUGAAAAGAUGCAUGUCGAUAUUGGAUCUGUUAAAAGCUGUAUUGACCUGGCUUUUUUAAAACAUUGAUUGUCUUCUCUGAGCAAAUCUCGCACGCGAGCGAUUGCAUAGUGACCACUUGCUUUCAACACUGCACAUAGAGUACAUACGCUUCUGUUGUGUUGUGUUGAGAUUGUUAUUCGUAUACCCGUUCCCAAACAGACAUGCUCACUCUAGCUCCAGCCUGCCUUCUUAUGCAAAUCCUCCAAAAUUGAUGAUUAGUUGUUACUUGACCAAUCAUGGACCAUUCUUUUUCAAGUGAAAAAGCCCAUAGCAGAUGCUAUCCUUGAAAAUUAUCCAUUCAAGUUGAAAAUCUAUUUUUCAAGGUGUCACAGCCCAAGAACACGGACAGUGCACCUUGACCGAAGAAGUAAUGACAGAAAGUAGUUGCUGCCACAAGUCUCACAGCUUACUUCAGCCUAGUGACACCUAAUUUUAAAACCCCUCAAAUAUCCAGGGCCAAUUGGUCCUGUCACCAACCAUAAGAGAAUCUUGAGGGGGAAUGUUACAUUGGUAAAAGCUGCUCAUUGUCCCAGGGCGGCAAAAGAUUUGACCUUCCUAGGGGUGCAUCCUUUGUUGAUAAUGUAACAAAAGCAAAGGUUGUAUUUUUAGCGGCACAUUCACCAGUGACUAAACAUCCUGUGGAAAAAAACUAAUCCACGGACUUAGUUUGAUAGGCCUAAUUGCAUUUAUCCCACUAAUGCAUCCUUUGGAACUGCUAGAUAGAUCAUAGUCUCUUGGUGCGUGGCUCUGAGAUAUAGGACCCUCUUUUUCUCCACUCACGGUCCUCACUGUAAGGUAAAGAGUGCCCCCAGUGGCAGUAAUACAUGUAGGUGCAUGUAUAUUUGCAAUGUCUUGCCGAGCUAAUUCACUUCACUGAAGUAGGUUUGAUUUAUUCAUGAAAUGCUUAAAUAUGUGCAUGUACACUUACCCCAGUAGAUGUGCAGUAGAUUAGUUCUUGUACAAAAGUGUUCUUACUGUAUCACUUCGAGUGUGAUACAACUUGCCCAUUGAUGUCACAAUACCGUAAAGAAAUCUAUAUAUAUUUUUGUUCUUCAAUAUGUAAUUAAUAUGUAUUAUGAUACUUUGUCCUGUUUUGUGAAGAGAUGUGUGUUCAUGCUCAUAUGUGCAAUAUAUGUGAUAUUGUGGUGGUAAGUUUGUGAAACUUUGAUACACAUGUAGUCAGAAAAAUGCUAUUAUAGCUACCUUGCCCAUUCAUGUCGCAACAACAGCAAGUUAUGCCUCCAAUAUUUAAUUUCAUUUUAAAUUAUUUAAUUUUGUUAUAGGGUAUCUUCUGUCUUUUUUCUCUAUUUUCCUAAGUUUUAAAUUUCUUGUCAAUGUUAUGUGGGAAAAAAUUUACUGUAAAAGGGAAGUGGUUGUUAGUGCUAGUCAUGCAUUGAUGGGUACCAAGUUUAGACUAACAAUUUUGUUGAAAACACAAUUUUAUCUAGUAGUAGUUACAUUGUAUUGUGAGGUUUUAACUUUGUGUUUUACAUAAUGUGGUCUUUACUGAACUGUCAUUUUCUGUCCAUAGUAGGUUUCUGCACAGUUGUUCAUUACAAGGUGUCUAUUAAGUAUUGUGCUGCUAAUUGGGCCCGUGUCUGCUUAUGUCUUGUCAACUUCAAAGGAGCCCCCACACUUUCAUGUCACUGAAUUCAUGAUACUCGCUUGAUAAUGCUCUUAAAUAAGAAAUAAUAAAAAUGAAAUCAAUAUA